AUGGGUCUGGUAAGUUCCAUAUUGGCGGGGUUAACAACCUGAUGUAAUUGAUCCGUUGACCAUAAAUUGACGAAUAAAGAGAACAUAAAAGCGAAUCUAUUAAACUUUUUCUUAUUUCCUUAAUGGAAUAGCCGUUCCAUCAUUUCUGGUGUGUUAUGUUCACGUGGUAUCAGCUAAAGAAACGAAUUUGAAUGGAAUAAAAGUAGGCGGGUUAGAAUUAACGCUUUUGAAAUAAAGUGCGAAAGAAAAAAUUUUAAAAUAUCAUGGACGGAGCACAGAACAAAUAAGUCAAUUGGGAAGGAAUUCAAAAUGGAAGAUCAAUGGUUAGAGAUCUUUAUAAAUAAACAAAAGCUGAAGUACUAAUCGGAUGCGAUAUUACUGAAGAGAACAGUAUUCUGGAUGGAGAUGAUUGUCGUGAGAUGAUUGUCGUGAAAAUGAGCGGGGAAGCCGAAUUAAUACCCCAUUCCUGAUCCUGUUAGUCUGACAGCAACAGGAAGGAUUAUGACUCACAAAUGCAUGAUAUUGAAUUAACUUAACUACUUUGUUUCAUCCAGGAUCCUACAACUUUUGACUUUGCUUUCAAACAUACUGGGAAGCUUGAAGGAAAUUCUGCGCUCCGCUACACUUACUACCCAAAAGCUGACCCUACAAAGGUGAAACCUGGUCAGCUUCGUUGCGCGGAACACACUGACCUCGGGAUCAUAACGAUGCUAUAUCAAGAUGAAUUAGGAGGUUUGGAGGUGAGACAUUAACAGAAACUAAUAUCAAACCAGUGACGGUCGCUUCGACUGAGUGUCGCCACCUACUGGUUUCCUCUCGAAAUGACGUCUGAGAAACGCGCGCAGAAAUUCCAUACUGAUGACGCGUCGUGGUUGAGCCGCGUAGGAAAUUUGCUUCAACCAAUCAGAAAAUGCGUCAUCAGUAUGGAAGUUCUGCGCUCGUUUCUCAGACGUCAUUGGCCGGAAACAAGCUUUGGCGUCGCGAAAUGUCAACUGUUUAGGCGAGGAGAGCCUUCUGAAUUUUGAAAACUUUCUGCUCACCCUAGCUCUCCGCGUUUAUGAGCUCGACGAUUACACAAAGGAAACUUUUGCGAACUUGUGAAGGAGAGAUGUCUAGAAUUGCGAAGUAUUUUGUCAUGUAAAACAGUCGGCGUAAGUGACCUCUGAGCGAAACAACUACAGUAUUUCACUUCAGACCCUUAAUCUUCGACCCAUUUUUGGAAUUUCCAGUAUUAGAGGAUUAGAGAAAUGAAGCCGGAAUGUAAGCAGUGGAAAUCUGAAUAGUAAAAAGCCGAACUAAAAUGUACUUCUUUACUGAAAUAUCUCUCUUUCUUUUCCAACAGUUUCUAUCCGCUGAGGGGAAAUAUGUUCCUGCAGUUCCCAUCAAAGGAUCUAUUUGCAUUAAUAUUGGAAACAUGAUGCAGAAGUUGACAUCAGACAGGCUUAUCGCAGGGGUAACGGUUUUAUGUUUAUUUUUUCAACAUUUUUUGUUAAACUGUACAGUGACGCAAAAGUAGCUUUUUUGGAAUCAGAUUACCUAUAACAGAUAAAAAUUGUCUCGGACCCCACUGGGGCAGACUGGGCGCGAUUAUUGCGGGCGACAAGAGGGGUCCACAAUCCUAAUCUCCAGGUUGCUAUUGCGUAUGUUCGGCACUUCGUCUGGACUUCCACUAAAAAUGAAUGGAAUACACAGAACACAAUCUCAUAACGCGCGUUUUGACCAUAUCAUAUCACGUAGAACUUUCGCAAAGCACAGCGUUGAAGCAAAAGCGUUUUAACAGUCGAUCGCCUGCACACCGUAACCUUCGGUUAUUACUUAUUUGGCUAACCAUAACCUUAGAGCAAAGUACUUCGGGUCAAGCUAACGUAAUAAUAAUCUCCCUGCAUAUAACUCAUAUUACUCUACCUUACUAUAUUACUUUGGUUUCAAACUUCGAGCCUCCGAGACGCAAAAUCACCCGAGAUCUCCCGAAAUCGGGCCAAAAUUUUCCGAGACCCACUUUUUUUGAGGAGCUAUUCUAUGACCCGACCUUUAUAUGAUAAACGUUUCGUCCCAUGUAAUUGAAAGGUAAUCCAGAUUCCGGAAACGUUUUGCUUGUAGAAUCCAGACUUCUGGGCUUUGGAAUCCGGAAAAAGCUCUAGGAAUCCGGAAUCCCGCUAUAACGAUUGGAAAACGGAAUCCAAGUUCCAUUGACGAGAAAACGGAAUCCAUCGAUCACCUGGAAUCCAGAAUCUAUCACCUGGAAUCCGAAAUCUAUCACCUGGAAUCUGGAAUCCAUCACCUGGAAUCCAGAAUCCGUCACCUGGAAUCCGGAAUCCAUCACCUGGAAUCUGGAAUCCAUCACCUGGAAUCCGGAAUUCACAGCAUAGAAUCCAGAAUCCAAGACUGUCUUGGAUUCCCUUACAUGGUGCAAAACUUUAUUCCAUUCACUAA